AUGGAGGAAGCGCGCCUCGAGGGCCUCCUUACGCUGCUGACAGAUGGCUGCUCCAUGCCGAUCCGCGCCCACGCUAGCGACGAGAUCGCGCGCCUCACUACGGCCACCAACCUGCCCUGGCUCGUCCAGAAGCUGCGCCCGCUCCUCCGCGACGACGAGUGGGACACGCGCGUGGCCGCGGCGCGUACGGUCGGCAGCAUCCAUGCGCUGCCCUGGGUCCAGCCCGUCGCGCUCGCCACAUGCGCCGAGAUUGCCCAAAGAGAGAGCCUUCUGCGCCUCGAAGAGCUGGAUGUCGAGCACCUCUUGGCCAACGCUGCGCCGCUACUCAAGAGCGGCGGCGAGGAAUACGAUUACCAAGUGAAUUUUGACUCGGUCGCGUCGCAGCAAGCCCAUUUGGCGCUGCAGCGACGCCGGCUCUGGGGCCGUCUGAGCCGGUCGAUCACCGUCGACGCGCCACCAAUAGCCCUCCAGAGUACGCGCGCCAACACGGACCGCGUGGUCGCGGACGCCGAUUUGCUGCCAAGUGACGCGAUGCGCGUCAUUCGCCUCGCGCCAGUGACGCACCUCUUUCGGACGGACGUCGCCGCCGACAGCCGCGCGAACGCGAGCUUCGCGAGCUUUCCGCUGCUACUGCUCGACUGCCUCGAAGCCAUCUUUGACGCGCGCUGGGAAGUCCGGCACGGCGCUGCUCACGUGCUUCGCGAUGUGUUUUCGCACGCGCGCGUGCCAAGUUCGCACGCGUGGUUUGACGAGGUGCUCGUGCGCGGACUGAGCGUGCUGGCGCUCGAGGCUUGGGUCGACUACGCCUCCGAUGGGUCGGUCGCACCGGUGCGCGAACUUGUAGCGCAGGUCGCCGCCAAGCUUCUCGACGCAGCGCCGCAGCACAUUGGCCAUGCGGUGCCGUACCUGCGCGCAUCUUCAUGGCACGCCGCCCACGGGGGCCUCUUGGCGCUGCACUACUGCAAGGUCGCGCUGCCCACCGAGGUUCUGGACGCUGUCGUUGACUGCCUCGGUGCGCGGUCGGAAGAAGAAGUGCACUCGGCCGCAGCGCAAGUGCUCGCACGCUCCGAAGCGGCGUCGAGCGUCCACCGGUGCACCCAUCGGCUCUGGGCGUUAUUGGAGGCCAAGCAGACCUCGCUCGUCGACGUUGCCCCGGGGCAUGUGCUCCGGUGCUUGCUCGCUCAUGACAUACGUGGGUCGGCCUCACACGUAUACGUGGUGCUGACGUACCUCCGGCACUCGGCGGCGUUUGUGCGAACGUCCAGCGUGGCGUGGCUCACGGCUGCAGCCACGACACCGCUCUCCCCGCCGCUCGUCCUCUCGAUUGCGCACUGGUGCUGGUUCAUCUGGCUCAGCGCCGACGAGUCCAACGACAGUGCGCUUAGCGACAGUGUCAGUAGUCUCUGGCAGCAGCUGUGGCGCGCCCACGGCAAGCGCGUCGAUGCUACGUGGGGCUUGACGCUUUCUCUUUGGCUCAGAACGCUCUCGCACGUCGACGUCUCCGUGUGGCCCCUCCCGCAGGUCGCUGCACCGAUCAACGCGCCGAUCACAGCCCGACGGGUAUCACUCGCCACCACGCUCGUUCUCUGCACUGCGAUUGGUGACGUUUUGAACGCGCUGCCGCCAAGUAUGACGACGUGCGCGUCCGAGCUCCAAGCGCUCUUGGAGAGCGACACGGGCACUCACGUCCUCUGCGGUCUCUGGGUCCUUGAGAAAUGGACGUGUAUGUCCGCCGCGUGCAGUGCCUUGGCGCUUCAGAGCUUGACGCAGCCGCGCACAAGUCUCUACGCCGAGCAAAUGCCCGACCUCCAAAAGCUCCGCAAGCUCGUCAUCCGACUCCAUUCGCACUUUGCCUCGCCGGUGAAAACGGAAGAUGACGCGUCAUCGUGGACGGUGGCCCGCGUGCUGGCGCUGGCGGCGACCGUCAGCAAUCUUCCGUACGCAUCGCUGUCGACGCCCGAGCCGUACACCACCGCCCAGUACCUCCGCCAGGACAUCUUUGCUCUCGAGGAUAAGCUCCGAACGAGCUUCGAGACACUCGCCCGACGCAUUGCUGCAGCCGCAGCGUCCGCCGUCUUUGUGUCGCGUCAGUGGUCCAAGCCCGGCCUCCUCGUCCGUCCGUGGAUGCAGUCGCUCAAGGAAGAGCCGUCGCGGGUUGUCACACCGGUCGUCGCCAUGUCGCUCGCCGCCUUUGCCUCGAGCCAUGCGUCGUCGCACGCCGCCUGCGUCACCAAGCUCGUUAACAAUCUCUGCAACUCUGUUGUCGCCGUCGACCCGGCGCCAACCUACGUCGUGACGCUGGGGCCGUCGACGUCGACAGCGCCACUGGACGUUCGCGUUGACGGCGCCCGCCUUGCGCUCUCCCACCUCGUGCCGAUGGUUCCGGAGCUCUUGCGCGCCCGGAUCGAGCGGGAGCUGGUGACGCCACCAAGCAGCGACAAGCAGCUUCAAGGACUCUGCCGGCUGCUGGCCGUCGCGGGUCGCACGUCGCCGCAGCUGCGACCUAUUCUGUGUGCGUGGGCCACCACCGGCAGCUGGGCGGCAGACACGCACGCGCUAGUAGCGGCCGUGCUCGCCACUGACGUCCACGACCAAGUCCUCGAUGCUGUGCUGCAGCCCGAUUCGCCGGACGCCGCACUCGCGCUCAUCGUGGCGCUCGCGGCAACGCCGACGCAGGUGGUACCGUACUUGGCGCGGAUGGUGGCGACGGCCCUGCGCAUCUUGUGCAACCGCGCGUCGCGCGAAGCUGCCAGCGUCUUGGCGCAGCUCAUUCCGCUCCUCGCGCUCCUCCCGUCGUCGUCGUCGGACCCGUCGGCAGUGUUUUUGCAGCAGUUGGCGCGUGGCACACCGCCCGAGUGCGUACUGCCGACGCUGCACGGCCUCGUGUGGCGGUCGUACCAGGUCCACGGUAUUCAAUGGCUGGCCUUUCUGGCGACGCACGGUCUCCACGCGGUGCUGGCCGACGACAUGGGACUCGGCAAGACGCUGCAGGUCCUCGCGUCCAUCGCUGUCGUGAUGCAGCGUCGGUCUCUGCGGCUGCUCAUCGUGGCGCCGCCGGCGAUCCUCGAACACUGGAAGCGGGAGGCGCGUCGGCUCUUCCACGACCCGGUCGUUGUCGUGCUCACAGGGUCGAGCGCGGCGCGAAGAGCGCUGGCCACACCGUAUUUGAAGCGCGGCGAGUGGCGAGACAACGUCAUCGUGCUCACCACGUACACGUGUCUCCAGCGCGACAUGGAGCUGUAUCAAACCACGUCGUUCGACUACUGCGUGGCGGACGAAGCGCACGUCAUCCGGAACCCGACGAGCCAGACGGCCGAGGCGCUCCGGAGCGUUCGAGCGACGCACCGCAUUGCAGUGACGGGCACACCGCUUCAGAACACCGUCGUCGACGUCUGGUCGCUCUUUGAGUUUGUCUUGCCGGGGUACCUCGGUCUCUGGCCCGAGUUUCGCCAGGCGACGCUGCUGCCGAUCCAAGCGUCGCGCAAAGAGUCGGCCACCAACGCCCAAAAGGAGGCCGGCGCGCUCGCGCUCACGCAGCUCCAUGCGCGCGUGCAGCCGUUCAUUUUACGACGCACGAAGGAGCACGUGCUCACAGAGCUGCCUCCGAAAAUCAUUCAGGACGUACUCUGUGACCUGCCCGAGGCCCAAAAAGCGCUGUACGACGCCUGCGCCAACCGCAGCACGCACAGCCUCCAGCAGCUUAGCCAACUGCAAAAGCUCUGCGUGCACCCGGCGCUGCUCCACGGCGGCGACACAAGCAUCGAGCUCUCGGGCAAGUUCCUCGCGCUCAAAGACCUCCUCGAGACGCACGUCGGCGACGGCCACCGGUUCCUCAUUUUCUGCCACCUGCAGGCGACCGUCGACCUAGUUGCCGACAUGCUCUCGGCCAACUGCGCCGAGAUUGGCGUCGACCGGCUCGACGGCAGUGUGCCGGUGCCCCAGCGCCAAGCGAUCGUCGAUCGCUUCAAUACGGACGCGAGCGUCCACGCGCUAUUGCUGACGACAGCCGUGGGCGGUCUCGGCCUCACGCUCACGGGCGCCGACACGGUCUUCUUCCUCGAGCACUCGUGGAACCCGUUCACGGACCUGCAAGCCAUGGACCGCGCGCACCGCCUCGGACAGACGCGGACGGUCACCGUGUACCGACUGCUGGCCAAGGACACGGUCGAGGCCGACGUCAUGUCGUGCCAGCGCUUCAAGGAGGCGAUGGCGGCCGCCGUCGUCGGCAACCCGACGGCAACGAGCCUUCUCGCGCCGCCACCGACCGAGAGACCAUCCGAGCCAAAGGUCAAGAAGCGCGCCAAGGGGCUCGAGUCCCUUCUGGAAGAGAUUGGGGAUCUCUGGGACGAAGCCCAGUACGCAAGUUUGGCGCCACUCGAUGCACAGCCUUGA